GAGAAGAGGCGGAGCCACACCGCCCUUUGAGCAAGCGAUGGGAAGGACGCUUUUCUGCCCGCCUCCCCCCUCCCGCCCUGCUCCCGAAUGGUCUCACCCGAGUUGGGGGGGGCGGGCGCCACACACGUGGGCUGGGCCGCGCAGGGAGCGGUGUGAGGGGCAGCAGGAUGCUGUGCUGAGGUGGAAGAUGGCUCUGGGGGCUCGGCAGGUCUCCCGCUGGUGUUGCCUUCUCAAAACGUCCCGUGCUGCUGAAUUUCCUCGGAGGCUGAGGAGCUGCAGCAUUACUGCUCAUGCAUGUCGUGAGUUUGCCCCUCUGGCUCUGCUGCCCUCCAAAAAGAACGUUCUUCUGUGGAGGUUGCAGGCGUACAGACAUGUAUCUGUGCUAAGCUGUUCUCCGCCUGACAGUGCCAAGGAUGAAUUCUUUUCUUCUCCCGAAAGUAACUUGCCUUCACCAGUAGAACAGGAACAAGCAAAAGCAAAACCAUUACCUGAUCUGAAUGCAAAAAUACUGUAUGAAGACUGGGAUGAUGUCCCACCUUCAUCUGCUUUGGAGGAGAUUUCUGAGGAAGAAGCUGUGCAGAUCAUUGCAGAACCGCUUCUUCCCCUUCAGUCUUCCACAUUCCGAGAUUAUGUUGAUCACUCAGAAACCCUGGCAAAACUUGUGCACCUAGGAGUUGACUUAUCACAAGUGGAGAAACGUCAAAAAGCAGGUCAGCUCUUACUGACCUUGGACUUUGAAAAAGAUAUAAAAAAAAUACUUCUGUUUCUUAAGGAUGUGGGUGUAGAAGACAAUCAACUGGGAACAUUCCUGACCAAAAAUCCAUACAUCCUUGCUGAAGAUCUGGAAGCUUUGGAAACGAGAGUGGCUUACCUAAAAUCAAAAAAAUUUGGUAAGGCAGAAAUUGCUCAGAUGGUCUCAAGAGCUCCAUAUCUGCUGUUGUUUUCAGUGGAAAGACUGGAUAACAGACUGGGUUUCUUCAAAAAUGAACUUGGUCUCAGUGUAAAAAAGACAAAGGAUUUGGUAAUCCGUCUUCCAAGGCUUCUGACUGGCAAAUUAGAGCCUGCAAAAGAAAAUCUUCAGGUUUGUCAGGUUGAACUUGGUUUUCAACGGAAUGAAAUUCAAGAGAUUGUGUUUAAAACCCCCAAGAUUUUAACUGCAAGUAGAAAAAAACUCAAACAGACAUUUGACUACUUACACAACAUAAUGGGCAUUCCCCACCACAUGCUUACUCGCUUUCCUCAGGUUUUCAACUCAAGGCUAUUUCGAAUCAAAGAGAGACACAUGUUUCUUACGUUCUUGGGAAGAGCCCAGUAUGACCCAGCACAACCCAGCUACAUCUCUCUGGACCAGCUGGUAUCCUUGCCUGAUGAGGUAUUUUGUACAGAGAUUGCCAAAGCUUCUAUACAGGACUUUGAAAAAUUCUUAAAAACACUUUAAUUAGUAGCACAUGUAAAAAGGAAUAAAGUUAUGAAAUAAACAUGUUUUAUAAAACUAUUCCCUUCUUAAUUACUUGUUUAUGGAGUUGUUGCUUCUGAAACAUUUGUAGGAUUUAAAGGCUCACAGUAAUAGUUUUCAGAAUGUAUUUCAGAAGGAUUGAGUGAAUAUGUCCAUUGCUACUGAUGCAGUCCUUGUAAUUAAUGUCUAACUUCAGAGUGAAUGAUGCAGCACACUAACAGAGGUCUGGGAAAUGGAAAAACUGGCUAGUGACUUAGUGGCUUAUUCCCCGUCUCGCUCUUUGUCUUCUCCCCUUCACACCACCCCCCUCACCCCCCCAAAAAAAGUUACAAUAACAAGCUAAUGCAGUAGAGAAGUGUUUACCGGCUAUUAUCUUAAGAGCUAACAGUGUUGUUCUUUUCCUUGCACGGCAGAAAGAAGUACACUGUUACAUUGUGUGAAGCCCCUCAUAUAAAAAAGCAUUUUCAACAGGUUACAAAGGUGUUUCUAUGUGAAGCUGGCUGCUGAAGUUAAUAUCCUAAAAGCUGUGCAGUGAAACUUCAUUUGAAAUAGCAAAGAAAAUCGGCAAACUGAAUCUAGGCAAAUUACAGAAAGAAAAUAAAGCUAUAAAUAUCCCUGAAAUCUAAAAGGAGCUUAUUUUAAGUCACUUGUCUCUUCUUGUUUGGGGGGAGCAGUUUUUUCCCAUCCUAGUGAGAUUUGCAUGACUUUAGUAAACAAGUAACCAUAUGAAAAGAAGCUGUAGUAUAUACUUAGUUGGCAUAAUUAUCCUGCUCAAUGUUAACAACUGAAGUAAAUGCUAACAUGAAUAAUCACAGGAGCAUUAAAAGUAUUUAAUCCUACCAGUAAACAAAUCACAUUAAUAUGGAAUGAUCAGAUGCUUCACAGUUUGUUGUGGUAAAGUGAAGAAAUGGAGUAAGCCCAAAUGCAAAAUGUCUGAUAGUUUCUUGUUUAGAAAUUUCCAUUCUUUCAGUUAAAACAGUUCAGGAAACUGAAAUCCAGAUGUUUUCUUUUGGAUUUAAACUUAUUUAAUGAAAAAGCUUCAACGUUUUAAAAGCUCAGUGUUGGAGCUUAAAAUAGCAAUUUGUAUGCAGAUAGCAGAAUAAACUUCAAAAGGUUAAAUUACCCUAAGAGGUGGGAAAUAAAGUAAGGUUAAAGAGACA